AUUUUUUAACUCUAGCAACACCAAAGAAUGGGUGUCAUUUUCCGCAAUGGAGUGUUGGACGUGUCUGUAACAACAAAAAACACAACUUUUUAUUUAAUCGUAAUGCUGUAGCACUUUAACAGUUAUCCGAAACACUAUUCGCGAUUAUGUUAAGUUCGUGUGAUGUUUUGUUUAGUUUUAAUUCGCAACUAAAAAAUGGAAGAGGAACUUAAGGAGCAUGAUUUAGAGGAGAGAUUGUAUGCUAUGCUUCACCAUGUUGACGAGACCCAGAGUGAUGUGAAGGAAAGUAGCCAAAAUGACGAACAAACAGCAGAGAAUGCUCCACGGAGCACGAUCCGUCGCUAUUGGCGAACGAGUGGCGACUACAUCAAGGCCACCGCUCCUAAAGACGCUCAGCCCGCCAUCAAAACCGCCCCGAAGGAUCCGCCAGUCGUAAAACCCGCCACAAACACUUCUGUACCUAAAGAAGAACGUCGCAAAUCGACUGCCAUCCAGUCCUCCACAAACCAACCUGUAAUUCAGUUACCACCACAAAAUGUAAAAAGCACCGUUGAAAUCGUAGAAUCCGAGUUAGAUAAACCUGUCCUUCUAGAAUCAAGUGAUGAGGAUGAAGUUAUUGAAGUAGCAUUACCCCCAAAACCAACAAUCACCAUCGAAAGUUCUGAUGAGGACGAGUUACAAAUCAUCAAAACAAAUUCGCCUGCAAAAUUACAAAACAAACUCCCUGAGCGAUCCGUAUCGGCAAGUCCAGUGCCGUCAGUAGUAUCUUCUGUCUCUGAUGAGUUUAUCCGAGGUGACUGCAUAGCAUUGAAUAUCUCCUCACGUCGAACAGACAACCCCAGCUUUGACUUCAGCCUCCAUGGCUCUGACCUACUUGACCAAAGCACCCCGUCAAAAAAGAAAAAGAAAAAAAAGUCAAAAGAGGUACUGACAUCAACUCCUAUUGUGACACAAAAAUCUGCUGCUGAUGAAUGUUUUGCCACACCAAAGAGUAAAGCUAAAAACAAAAAGAGAAAAUCUUAUACCAUAUCAGAGAAAAGUGUUCCAAAUGCAGAUGUUUAUGAUUCAGACAGCAAUCAAUCUAUUAUUGAAACUAACAAGAGUGCAAGCUAUGUUGUGUCAGAGAAGAGCUUGCCCAGUGCUGAUGUAUAUGAAUCUGAUUCCAGCUACUCUGAAGUUGUCAAAGAAAAGAAUGUACCACAAACUAGUGACAUUGGCAGCUCAGAUAGUAACAUAUCUCUCGAUAAGCCUCUUGAGGAAACUCCAAAAACUCCUGGUAGAAACAAAUACUCCCAAAAUGAAUUGGCUGUGCCAAUAGUUGACUUGACACAAAAUGACACUUAUAUUUCUUUAGACACCUCAGACAUCUGUGAAAGCAUCGUCAUGGGGAAUGUGUCUGGCUUUCCAGAGUCUGAAAACUAUGGAGACGAAAAUGUACCGCAAAAUGACAUUUCAAAAUUUGUAUCAACGAAAAUUCCGCCUAUACUAAAUGAAGAUUUAGACUUCGAUAACUUGAAAGGAAAGAACAAAGUUUGUAAGAGACGACGAUACUCUCUCACAACUCUACGUGCUGAUAUGGAAAAAUUCUACAACGAGAGCUGGGGCGGAGAGAACUUCAACCACAGGGAAAUACAAAAGAAUAUGUCACGUGACAAAAGUCUAUGGGCUAUUGAUCCUAAGGAUAGAGUACCAACAUCUGCUAAACGGAGGGUGACAUGCAACUAUUGCAACCGUCCCGGCCACCGCGACGACACGUGCCGGAUGAAGCCGCCCGUCUGCUACAUGUGCGGCCACACUGGACAUUUCGAACCACGCUGUCCACGUAAAAUUUGUAUCAAUUGUGGUUCACCAAACCACAUGUACUCGACGAUGUGCCGCAAUUGCUGUUCAUGGGGCACCAUCCGAUGCAACGAAUGCGGCCAGAACGGCCACCCCGCCUCUCACUGUCCUGACAUAUGGCGCCGUUAUCACAACACCAUUGACCUCAAUGUACCUCUGGAGAAGUGUACUCAGACCAGGAAACACUUCCAGUUGUACUGCAGCGGUUGUACUCGCCGCGGCCACUUGAUCCACACGUGCCGCAGCACCCUGCCCUUCUCAGGCCUCCCCAUAAACUCACCAUACGUAUAUCUGUACAGACCUGUAUAUUCGUCAUCGCCGCAAGAUAUGCAGAAUGAAUGUAAUAACUCGAAGAACGUUAAAGCAUCAAAUAACAACGACCAAGAUACUUCUAUGUCCCCAGCUAAUAAUUCACGGUUGGAGCGCAAUAAGCGACAGUCUAAAUCUCCGACUGUCCACGAGACCCAUGUCAACAAAAAGAGAAACCUAUCAAUUACGGAUGAAGUCGAUCUCAAACGUAGCACCAAGAGCCCCAUCAACAAUACUCAAAGAAAAACAUCUUUGAGCAGCGAUGACAAUAAUAAGAAUAAAAAAGAAAUAAAUAAAACACCCACUGUUCACUCUCCAAAAACUGUAUCUAGCGGCCAAAAAGCCUUAGAUUUUAUUGCUGUUGGAUCUACAAACUUUGAUAAAAGGGGGCAUAUCAUUCAAGACAACGAAGUUUCUGACACGAGUGAUGUCGUUACUUCAGCCCGGAUUUACGUUACCAAUGAAAUUAUUAACAAUUUGAAGUCGAAAGAAGGCGAAGUAUGGUUGAAUGACACCAUGGCCAAACAUAACGUUGUUGUGGAAUGCAUUGAAACGAACUCGUUUUUAAGUAUCAAGGGAAAAGUUGGCGAUCAAGAAGCAUUCCAAACAGCGUUGCGUGAAUGGUCAAACAUACAAAACGAGGAAACGACUGCUCAUAACGACUCGAAUGUAUCAAAUGAUAGCAAAAACGAUCAAUGCGAUUUAAGUCUUAUCCCGAAAAACAGAAACAAUCUCUUACGACAGCUAAGUAAAGCAUUGAAUUCUUUGAAAGAAGACAUAGGAGAUCCGAAAGAUCUGUAUAAGGAGUUGACUUUUUUCCAAAAUCGGCACCAACAACUUCUAAAGCAAAAAACCGUCAGUCCCAAGCAAGUGUCGAACAACAGGUGCAAUAUAAACUUAAUGCUCAAGAAACUUAACAUGGUUCUUCUCGGCCAAGCUGGUCUUGCGGACGGUUCCCAGCAUCUGUCAGAAUUACAUUUAUUUCAUGAGCAGCUUAUGAAUUCUACACAGAAAUUCAUACCACCGGAAUUACGUAAAGAAAUUGGACAUCAUUAUUACAAUAUAUUCGCUGCAAUACCGCGAGACGACUAUGUUGAACUAUUAAAGAAAUUCUAUCAAACUUCGACGGCUUUUAAAAGGAAGAAGAAAGAACGCUCUUUCCAUCUCAAUCCGAAAAUAAACAGAUUCAACAAAUCAUUAAACAGCAAUCCUCAUCAACAGAUUUAUGCGCAUGUUGAGAAGCCAACUAAAUUUGACGAUAACGUCUCUAGCAACAACAUGAGACAAAAAUUAGUAUUCUAUCAUCAAAGACUACUAAAGACGCAGCCAAACGGAGCAGUUCUCAAGAAGACACGGGUAGAACUAGUAAGGAAAUUGCACUCGUUUAUUGCGUCUAUGUUCAGAAAUGAGAAAGUGUCUUCGAAGACGAUGAAAAAGAUGAAGAAGGCUCAAGAACAGGCACAUACGUUCUUGGCAAAUGUAUAAAAUAAUAUUUAGGGAAUAAUGUUUUAUGUACGCGCCGCCCGGACGGAGGGAACGGUGGCGCACCCCGGCAGUAUUUUUUCGUGUUUAAUCCCAAUAUCUUUGCGGGAUCGAUUUAUGCUCGUCUUUGAUUGCCGGUUUGAUGUGUAAUGGCACUUUAAUGUGCAUGAAGUUAAUAAAACUUCUUAGUGUAAAGCAUAA